AAAUAUUUCGUCUAAAUAUCAUUUUUAAAGGUGAAGGUCAGCAGAAACAAUUUUAUCAUAGUUUCGGAUAUUUCCAAUUUAAUCUUGUUUAAAAAAUGCACUGACAUGAUGUUAUAAACUAAAGAAAGAAGAAAGAUGUCAUACAGAAAAUUUAAUAGUGUAUGGAAGAAGUUGGCCUGUACUGGGCUUGCCAUUGGGGGAGGGGCAGUCAUCUGGACUUACGUAUCACCACAUAGAAAUAAGCAACUUGUUGCAGCAAUAAAUGAUUCAGAUGAGCAGAAAUUUAGGUGGGCACCAUUACCCACAAGAGAGCAACACUUUGAAAGUAUACAGAAAACAGAAUUUGAUGUUCUUGUGAUAGGGGGCGGGGCCACUGGUUGUGGGGUGGCCCUGGAUGCUGUGAGCAGAGGUUUGAAGACUGCAAUGGUAGAAAUGUAUGAUUUUGGAUCGGGGACGUCAAGUCGUAGUACCAAAUUGAUUCAUGGUGGAGUGCGAUAUCUACAGAAAGCGGUGUUUAAUCUUGAUAUAGAACAGUAUCGAAUGGUGAAGGAGGCACUAGCAGAAAGAGCAAACCUGAUAGAGAUAGCCCCUCAUCUGGCCUACUCUUUCCCUAUAAUGUUACCAGUGUACAAGUACUGGCAGGUGCCAUAUUAUUGGGCCGGGAUCAAGGCAUAUGAUUUCGUCGCAGGGAAACAGCGGUUAAAACCCAGCUACCUUCUCUCAAAGAAAAAAGCCCUUGAAAUAUUCCCCAUGUUAAAGAAGGAGAAACUUGUUGGGGCACUAGUAUACUAUGAUGGUCAGCAUGAUGAUGCCAGAAUGAAUAUAUCUCUGGCCGUGUCUACGGCACGUCGUGGAGGGGUUACGUUAAAUUAUACUCAAGUUAUACAACUUCAUAGAGAAAAAGAUGCUAAUGGCAAAGAUGUGAUAACUGGGGCCAGAAUAAAAGACAGGCUCACAGGUAAAGAAAUGGAUGUUAAGGCAAAGUGCGUGAUCAACGCAACCGGACCAUAUACCGAUUCUAUACGAACCAUGGGUAGUCCUGAAACCAAGAAGAUCUGUCAACCAAGUUCCGGUGUUCAUGUAGUUCUACCUGACUACUAUAGCCCUAAAAGUAUGGGUUUGCUAGAUCCAGCAACCAGUGAUGGUAGAGUAAUUUUCUUCUUGCCAUGGCAAAAUGUCACCUUAGCAGGUACCACUGAUAACGCAUGUGACGUCACUUUUCAACCAGCCCCUACAGAAAAUGAAAUACAGUUUAUAUUAAAUGAAGUAAGAAACUACCUGCACCCUGAUGUAGAAGUGCGUAGAGGUGAUGUCCUGUCUGCAUGGUGCGGUAUACGACCAUUAGUUAGCGACCCCAACAAGUCUGAUACCCAAUCUCUCGCCAGAAAUCAUAUCAUAGAGGUGUCACAAGAUAAACUUAUUACCAUCGCAGGUGGAAAGUGGACGACCUAUCGUUCCAUGGCUGAAGAGACUGUAGACAGAGCUGUGAAGGAAUGUAAUCUACAGCCGACUUCCGGUUGUCGAACCAAAGGUUUGUUGCUGGAUGGAGCUCACGGCUGGUCGCCAACAUUGUUUAUCAGACUGGUGCAAGAUUUUGGUUUAGAAAAUGAGGUAGCACAACAUUUAGCACGGACAUAUGGUGAUAAAGCAUUUAAAGUAGCUAAGAUGGCCACACUGACCGGUAAAAGAUGGCCGGUUGUUGGACGAAGACUGCAUGAAGAAUAUCCCUACCUUGAAGCUGAGGUGAGAUACGCUGUCCGAGAAUAUGCGUGCACUGCAAUAGACGUCAUUGGUCGACGCACUCGACUGGCGUUCUGUAAUGUACACGCUGCCGAGGAGGCGUUACCUAGAGUCAUUGAAAUAAUGUCUGAGGAACUGAAGUGGAACAAAGAACAGCAGAAAGAACAAAUGGUGCGCGCCAAAAAUUUCUUGAAGAGAGAGAUGGGUCUAGAUUUAGGUCGUGUCGAACUUGAUAUGCCGAUCAACUUUACGAAGGAUGAGAUUAACGCGUAUGCGAAGCGAUUUAAAUCGUUGGACGUGGAUAACAAAGGUUACAUCACGGUGAAUGAUCUCAGGAGGUAUUUCAAGAAAAUUGGAGAAAGAGUUACAGAAGAUCAACUCCAUGAUAUACUGAAUGAAGUAGAUCUGAAUAAGAAUGCUCAAGUUGAUUUAGGAGAAUUCCUGCAGGUGAUAUCGAUGAUUAAAAUUAUGAAGGGACCGUACCCGAGAGCAAAUAAAUACGUGGAUACGUCAGUAACUAUAUGAGAAUGACAGUAAAUAAAUCACAGUGCAAUAUCUAUUUUAAUGAAUCGCCUCAGACUGGGAAGUGUAACAAAUUCAAGAUUUGCCAAGGCUGCAGAGUUGAGCAGUGGUGAGAGAAUAUCUGUAGAAAGAAGUGGAGGCGGAGUCUAAAUAUAAAGGAGGCAGUGUUUAGAUAUAAAUGAGGCGGAGUCUAAAUAUAAUGGCCGCCAGGUUCUAGUUUAAAGAAAGACUGGUUACCAGUAAAUAUCAGUUGUGCAUCUUUUCGUAUCAAGUGUCCAUAGAAUUUUCAAGAAUUCCAAUAUUUAUAAAGUAAUAAUUGUUAGUUAUUUAGUUUUUAGAGUUGUUAAUAUUCUUUUUCUGUAAUUUUAUUUGGAUGCCUUUAUUUUAAAAAAUAAAGUUUAAGUAAAACUGUUUUUAAGAAUGCUGCAUAGCCAUCGGCCCAUUUUGAUUUUUUUAAUUAAAAAGUCAACCAAUCAGAAUACAGGUUACAAAAUGAAAUUGAGAGUAUUUAAUUAAAUUGACCAAUGAUAAUAGUGCUAUCAAAAGAAAAUUUGAAUCACCAUUGUUGUUGUUAAUUCUCUUAUGAAUUAUGAUAUUGUAGACUGUUUGAGAAAAUAUUGGAUUGUUUAAUAAUUUUUAUAGAGUAGAUAUUUUAAAGAAAAAUGUUUAAAGGGACCUUACUGAGCAGUGAUAUACCUCCUUAUGAUAUUUUAUGAAAAUAAAAAAAAUUAUAAAAAUAUGAAAAACUAAUAAUACAUUUUUUUUCAUUUUAUUAAACUGAUCUUAUGACUUAAAUACAUGUGUAUAUAUAUAAUUGAUAGCAAAGCAUGGCAAUUAAGAUAUGCCCUUCUUUUGUUACAUACAAAAACAUGACUAAUUCUUUGAAUUAACCUCUUUUCUUCUUGUUAUACAGAUCAACAUAAAUGAUAUAAAAAGUUAUAGUGGAAUGAUAUAUGAUGUUGGCCAUAUAAUAUGAUGUUUUUGUGAUAUAUUUAAGCCACGUCACGACAAAACCAACAUAGAGGGUUUGCGACCAGCAUGGAUCCAGACCAGCCUGCGCCUCCGCGCAGUCUGAUCAGGAUCCAUGCUGUUCGCUAUCAGUUUCUCUACUUGUAGUAGGGUUUGUAAGCGAACAGCAUGGAUCCUGAUCAGACUGCGUGGAUGCGCAGGCUGGUCUGGAUCCAUGCUGGUCGCAAACGCAUUACGUUGGUUUUGUCAUGAUGCGGCUCAUUUAACAUUUAAGUCUAAGUGUUUGUUGAUGUUCGAUGAAUCUUAACCUUGAAUGUUUAAAUGUGCUACAUGUAUAUGUUUGAAAUGUUCAUAUAUCUAGUAACCGUGCAUCAUUCUGGAGUCUAUGUGUUUAUUUGUUGUUUUAAAACGUUCCUCCAUAUUUGUGAAGAUAAAAAUAAUUGAAGUUUUAUACACAUUUUCUAUCUUUUUUCACGAAUAAUUAUUAAAAUUAUGACUUCCUGACUCGCCUCUUUUCUAUGAUUGGCUGAUGAUAUUGAACACUCUGAUACUCUUAACCAAUGAAAAUGCUUGUUACAUAUUUUGUAGGAUCUUAACCAAUGAAAAUUCAACGUACAUAUUUUGUAGAAUUUGAUUCGCUCAUAAGACCAAACUACAUUUCUAUCACACAUUUUGAUUGGUUGAGCAUUAAUUUGUAUGUUUUCGUACCUUUGUAUUUGAAUAAAUGUAGAAUAGUUAAUUAUAUAUUGUAAACUUCAUGUAUGUUUUGCUGAAAGUAAACUAAUUAUUUUUAUUAUUGAUAAAUGUAGUUCCAUCAAAAUUGUGAACUUCUUUUUACAGUUGUAAUAUUUGUGCAAUUUUAAUGCUUGUAAGGAUAAAAUUAUAUAAUUUUUAACUGCAUUGUCAAUAUGCUGUGUCUGUUAUUAAAGUCUUCAUGCUUCAAGCCAAGCAGCAUAAAUAUGAGCGGAAGCCUAAAUAUAGUUUUGCUUAACCCGACGCUAGCUGGCUGCAAUUGAUUGCACUAACAUAACCAGUGCAUACCAAGAUCAGCCUACACUGUUCACUUCCCAGUCAGUGUUUGUAUGAAAAUUUUACCUUAAAAUAAUGAAUGGUUUUACCAGAUUGAAACAUGGAUGAGUCCAUUUUAAGAUAUUUGGUGAGGAAAGGUUGAUAAAAAAAAUGGCAUCUGUGGUUAAAGCAGAGUGGAUAAUUGUUAAAAUAGGCAUAUGAAAAAAAUAUUUGUACAUGAUUGUAUGUUUCUGUACAUAUAUGUUUGGCUUUUGUUAAAUGUUCUGUUAAAGUUAUUAUUGUGUGUUAAUUGACGGAACAAUAAUUUUAAGGGCAUAAUGAAUUUGGAAACUAUCUUAAAUCCAGUUGAAUUUGAUUUUAGACAUGUGUAUUAUGUUUGUGCAACAGAAUUUGAAAUGCCAAUGACUGGGAAAAAAGUUAUAUUAUUUGUGUUAUGGGAAAUCACCUAUAUAUUGUUGUUUUUUUUUUAAUCAUCAUGGUAAACAUACAAGUUAUUAGAAAUAUGUUAAUUUUAUAUACUUUGCAAAGCAAACAAUGAUUAAUAAUAAGUCAGCUUUAAAACACCCCUAUCUUAUAAUAUAUUUAUUCAAAAAUUUCAUAAACAUGCCUUUUCAUAACCAGUUGUAUGAAGUUAAUAUAGAAUAUUAAAUCUACACUUAACAAAAGUUCUAACCGAUCACUUUUUAAAUUUUGAUUAUUUUAUAACGGGUCAAUAGAUCCUUAUGAAAUUUUGCAGAGGUAAUUUUUGUGUCAUUUCCUACCGAUUUCUGGAAAGAAAUAUAAUUUAAUACGGUUCCACGCACUCACGCGGGAGACAGGGCGCAGUUUACACAUUUUGGCACGAAAUGUUCGUGCAGAGCGUGGUGAGUAUUAAAUUUUACAUUGCAUAAAUCCUUGUUAACUUUAUAAGUGAAAAAACAUAAAACAUGGCACGAAUAUCGAUGCAGGAUCGUGCCGUAGCAGUAGGAAUGUUGAAUGCUGGAGUCUCUAUCAGACAGGUUAGUGGCUGUUCAUAACAAUAUUUUUUUUAAAUAUCGAUAAAGUAUUAUUUAAAUAGAAAAUGUUAUAACUUUAUUAUUCUCAAUGUGUUCAUUCUCUUCGAAACAAAAUAAAAAUCGGAUCUAUUGGUUUUAUUCUUUUUCAUAUAUAAGCGAAAACUCAGGGUGAUCGGUUAGAACUUUUGUUCAGUGUAUGAUGAUAAACAAAGAAGAUUUUUUGUUUUGUUUUUGAAUUUGAUCCUGGUCUAUAAAUCUUAAAUAACACGGGGGCCUGAUAUAGAAACUGAUUAUAAUCAUUUCCAUUCCUUGAUAUACAUGUAUGAUGUUUUAUAGUAACAUUCUGCUUUGUAAAUGUCUUAAAAUAUGAUAAAUAAGUUAUUUUCUUGUCUAUGUUUCUUUGUGUACUAUCAGAUAUUCAUUUCACAGAUCUCAGUCUUAGGAUAAUUUGUUUUGGAACCAGUCUGUAUUAAAUCAAGACUCUGAUUGGUUAAUUCAAAUCAUAGAUUUGAAUUUGACCAAUCACAGGACUCCUUUCUCAAGACUGGUUCUCUUUGUUUUCAAUGGACUCCAUGAAGAUUGUUUGGGUUUUUUUUGACAUUACAGGACUGGAAAUAUUAUUACAAUAUUUUUGAAUCUUUUCAAGUUUUGAAUGUAGGUCUGAAAAUUUAGGUGCAGCUCCUUUAAGGUUUUGUUUGAAUGUUACAAUUCAGUGUAGAACUUUACUUUGAAAGCAUGCAAACAAAUAGGUGUGACAGUCUUUGACUUCCUUUUUAAUCCUGUCACCAAUAUAAAGGCAUAAGUAUUGUACAUGGUUGUUCUGAAAAUACUCUUUCAACUUAAAGAAUGGCCUCUUUCAACAUAUCAUUUAGAGUAAGAAUUUAAAAAUGGACAAAGGUGUAUAAAGUUUUGAUUUUUCAUCUGAAAAAUAAGAUUAGUUGCAUGUUUUUUUAUGAAGAUAAUGAAUUUAAUGUUAAAUAUGAAUUACAUGUAAUUGGAAAAAGACCAAUAAAAAGGUCAAUUUAAAAAAAACAACAACAAACUAGCUAGCUUACAGGACAUCAAAUUGGUUGCAUACUUUACUGAGCUGUGGGUUUAAAUCCCAUUGGAGACUGUAAAUCCUUUCAAGUGAGAUACAUGUAGCCAUCCAGCUGGUUCAAGAAAAGUUUGUGGUUCUACUCAAGUUUAAAAAAAAUGAUUCAGUUAAGAAGUGAAUGAUUAAUAAAUGAUAAAUGUUCUAUGAAAAACAAAAGUGCUAAAUGAAAUUAAGCUAAGUGUUAUCUUAUAUAAAUUGUGCAUAUUAGAACUUUUCUCUUUUGCUUUUUCUUUUGUAUUAUUUUUGCAAGUUUUUUUUAAACAAUAAAGAUUCUAUCUCUGUUGAA